UCGCGACCCCAGCCGUGUAUCUUCCGUUUACACGAUUCGUCUUUGCCCUAGUUCUUGUUCUUCAUAUCCUGAUUUCCUUCUCUUCCGCGAUAUCUCUAGGUUUUUAAUUCUCUAUACCAAGAAGAUAUCGUUUGCAAUCGUUCAAUCGGAGUAUCAGUCGCCAUGGAUCUGGAGGUGCAGGGUCGGCACGCGAUGCUUUUUGACGACGAUUCGACGGCGUCUUUCGUCAACUCCCGCGAGGCUCUCGUUCCUUGGAAUCAUGACGCAUCUCUCCUCAUCGACCGCUACGACGUACGCCACCUCCUUGACCGGAUUCCGCCGCGCCAGGCCACUUCUACGUGGAGCCAGCGCCUCGUUGACGACGCCUGCGAUGCCGGCUCGCUGGAUGAGCUAGACGGCGAGCGAUAUAGAGAUCUUCCUCCUCUUGGGGAUGAGGAGAGAGUGAAGCUUGAUUCAGAGUUCGGGAAGAAAUCAGAAGCAACAGGUUUUGGUGCUUACCAAGCUGUUCCACUUUCAUAUGGUGACCAAAAUUCAAAUUCUAUUAAUGACAGUACCGAGUAUAAUUCUGGUUUUCGUCCACCAUUUGAAGUGCCUGAAUUCCUCAUUAACCACUUACCUCCUACGGAGAAGUUACACCAGAUAAUGGCGAGGACUGCAACUUUUGUAAGUGAGCAUGGUGGACAAUCAGAGAUUGUUCUACGAGUUAAACAGGGAAACAACCCAACAUUUGGUUUCUUAAUGCCAGAUCACCAUUUGCAUCCAUAUUUUCAAUAUCUGGUUGAUCAUGAUCAAAUUUUGAAGCAUGAUUCUACUAAAAUGGAAGAAGACAAGUCAAACAAUCAUACUUCUGAAGCAGGGGCUUUGUCACUGCUUGGAUCUAUAUAUGGUAAUGGAGAUGAUGAUGAGACUACUCCUCAAACUGAGACUAAAGAAAUAGAGCACGAUAAUUUGGUCGCUGUUGGGAAUGCAACAGCACCAAUAAAGGUAGAAAAUGGUGAGGCUCCUAAUGUAGUUUUAGGAAAUAAAGGAGUAAUAAAAAUGGCAUCUUCUACUUGCUCCAAUGCAAAACCUUUGUCAGUUAAGAAAAUACUUUCUGGAAAUGCUGCCACUUUUGGUGUGAGCAAGAAGACAGGAGACGGUGAUCUUUCAUUUGCAAAAGAUAUGGCACAAAGUUCUCAAAAAGGCAUGGCUGAUCUGAAAUCAUCAAUAUUGAAGCCUCCAUCCUUUCUGAAAAGGACCAUAGAAAAAAUAGUUGAGUUUAUUCUUAGGAAUGGCAAGCAAUUUGAAGCAAUACUCAUUGAGCAGGAUAAAAAUAUUGGAAGAUUUCCAUUUCUUCUUUCAACCAAUCAAUACCACUCGUACUACCUGAUGAUAUUUGAAGAAGCUCACAAGAUGAAAAUGCAAGGUAAAAACUAUUUUGAUGAGAAAAAUGAUGCAGAGCACAAUGAAGGGAACAAGAAAAAGGUUGAAAGUCAUGGAAGGGAUGCUAAUGCAGAUGAUCGGGACUUGUCUGAACUUUCAGAAGGGGCUUAUUAUGACCCUCAAAGGAAGGAGAAGUUCAAGAUGGUUUUGGGUGGGCAGAAGAAAGAUUCACAGGAUCAACAGUCCAUAGCUGCCAAGCAUUCUGGAUUAACAGCAGAUGAAGCUGCUGCUAUUGUUCUGGCAGCAACAAGAGGGGUAAGUCCUGCAAAUACCCUUCGCAAGAAAUCUCUUGAUGAUGGCGGACACUCCUCUAAAAACUCAGGAGCUACUGCAGACGAAGUUGCGGCUAUAAUUAGGGCUGCGACCAGAGGCAGGAGUCCUACUAAUACCCCACUAACAUCUGGCAGUUUACAGGGCAUUAAACCUAUUUCAAAGAUGUCUUCCAAUGGCAUUUCUGGUAUAUCAUUGGCUGCUGGGUUAUCUGGAUCCUCCCCCCAAUCUGAUAGAAAGAGUUAUCACAAAGCAAGCAGUGAUGUAACAGUUGCUACAGUCAUUGCCAAAAGUGUAGCCCUUGCAGCAUCAAGGGAAGCUGAUUCGGCUGAAGCCGGUCUGACAAAGGAGCAAAAGCUGAAGGCUGAAAGAUUGAAACGAGCCAAAAUGUUUGCAUCUUUGAUAAAGAAUGGCAAUAGUUCUUUAGGUGAACAGGUGAACUCCUUUAGCCACCACAGUGGAAGUAUGGAACCUUCUACUGGUGGUUCUAUGCAGAUGGACACUGAUUCCAAGACUGCAGGCAUUGAAAGAGAAGGAAGCUCAGUGCCCUUUGAUGAUGAGGCCUUAGGUAAGGAGCACGGAUCUAGGAAGAGACGCCAUUCAAGGCACGAUGACUCCGAUGAAAUUCAUAAGUUUAGCAGGAAGAAAUACCACUUGUCAUGCCAUAAGGAUGAACAAAGUUUUAAACAUCAUAAUCACUACAGCUCCUCCAAAGAUGAGCGCAGGCACAAACGAAGUUCCGAGCAUCGUCAUCAUCGUAAGAUUCAUGAUCAUGUAUCGGAUGAUGAGGAUAUAGAACAUUCUGAACAGCGUCGGAAGAAGCAUCAUUCUCAUUCAAGCAGAAAACAAGAGAGCGAAGCUCGAGAGGCUAUCAAGUCCAUGGAUUGUUUUGGAGGCCCAUCAGUUGACUUGACCGGUGAUUCUGAUGGGAGAGACUUAUCAGCUUCCGAUGAUAAACAAACAUCUCAUCCUACUGAGAUUCCUAAUGAUCUUAGGGCGAAAAUCCGAGCUAUGCUGUUGGAGACCUUGUAGUGUACAUAUGCUUAUUAUAUAUUUGUUCUUGUUUACAUGUCUGGAAUGUUUGAUUUGAAUUAGCCAAUGUGAAGUGCAUUAUUUGUUAGUUUCAAGAUGCAUUCAAAAUA